AUGGAGAAGACACCCAGUUAUUUUGUCACCAAUGAGGCUCCACAGCGGAUCCACUCAAUGGCCAAAGACACUAAACUUAUUGUGGUGGUCAGAAAUCCAGUUACCCGUGCCAUAUCUGAUUAUACUCAGACUCUUUCCAAGAAACCGGAAAUUCCUACAUUUGAGGUCCUUGCCUUCAAAAACAGGACCCUGGGAUUGAUUGAUGCUUCUUGGAGUGCACUGCGAAUAGGCAUCUAUGCUUUGCAUCUAGAAAGCUGGAUGCAAUACUUUCCCCUUUCCCAGAUACUUUUUGUCAGUGGAGAACGUCUCAUCACUAACCCAGCAGAAGAGCUGGCCAAAGUCCAAGACUUUUUGGGUCUACAACGGAUUAUCACAGAUAAACAUUUUUAUUUUAAUAAAACCAAAGGCUUCCCAUGCCUGAAGAAGCCGGAAGAUACAGGAGCUCCCAGGUGCUUGGGAAAAUCCAAGGGUCGGACUCAUCCCAAAAUUGACCCUGAUGUCAUCCAGCGCUUGAGGAAAUUUUACAAACCUUUCAAUGCUAUGUUCUACCAAAUGACAGGACAAGACUUUCAGUGGGAAAAAGAAGAACUAGAAGGUUAA